CCCGCGGGGCCCGGCGGACAGCCCCCGAAGAAGGGGGGCGGCAUCUGCACCUUUUGCAAGCACAACGGCGAGUCCCGCAAGGUCUACUCCUCGCACGUGCUGAAGGCGGAAGGGGGAAGGGUGUUGUGCCCCAUUCUGCGGAACUAUGUCUGCCCCCUCUGCCACGCCACGGGGGACUCUGCGCACACCCUGAAGUACUGCUGCUUCAACCCGGACAAACAGUCGCUGUAUCGUAACAACGGACGCAACUCAGUGGGCAAGAGGUCGAGGCGCUGA